GUCAGUUCAAGUAGGGUUAAUGAUUCUGCUCAUCAAUGUUUUUAUUUUAGGUAGCCGCAUAACAAUGCGCUUGCUUUUAUCAGUUCUUUUAUUUGCUGGACUCUGUUUGUCAAAGCCAGCUGUCGUUGGAUGGACUAAGCUACAGUCUCCUAUCCAAAAUCUUUCUAACUAUCAAGAAAGUGGUCUAAAACAUCUUUGGGACAUGUUUGUCAAAGAAUUUAGUCACAUUCCCACGAUGCAAUCCUUCCAAAAUUUCGCAUCUAAUGUCGCCCGAAUGUGGGAGCAUCUAAAGCAGCCAUCUUCCUUCAUAAUGGGCAUCAACAAGUUCUCAGCCAUGAGUGUAUCUGAAUACAACAAAUACCUUGGAUAUCGUUAUAACACAAGCAAAAUGUCUGGGAUCAUACCUCGACACUCCUAUCGGAAGUUAGCCAGAUAUGCCCCUUUGCCUGAAUCUGUGGACUGGCGUUGGAAAGGCCGUGUGACAAAGGUAAAGGAUCAGGGUCAAUGCGGCUCAUGCUGGGCGUUUUCCGCCAUCGGUGCCAUUGAAGGACAAUAUCAACGCGCAGAGAAUAAACUUGUCAGUUUCUCUGAACAACAGCUCAUCGAUUGCAGUUUCAACUUUGGAAACAUGGGCUGUAACGGUGGCUUAAUGGAUUACGCCUUCACUUACGUUAAGGAAGCGGGUGGCGUUGAACGGGAGGAGGACUACCCCUACGUUUCAGGAGUCACUCACGAAGCCAACGAAGCCUGCGCUUUCCAAAGCUCUAAAGCAGUAGCCAAGGUGACUGGACUCAUUGACAUUGCGUCUGGCAGCGAAGAGGUGUUGAUGGAGGCUCUCGCCUUCAACGGCCCCAUAUCAGUCGCCAUAAACGCCGCACCAACCUCCUUUAUGAUGUACCAUGAAGGUAAGUAA